UUUGUCGAUUCUAAUUACCAUUAUUAUACAAUUGAUCUUUUAUGUCGACCAUUUGAAGCACCUGAUAAAAGUAGCACUAAUGUUUUGACGGUAUUACAAAAUGAACUUGUACGAUUUGGGAUUGAUGAUCUAUAUAAAAUCACAAUCGUUUGUGAUAGAGGUAGUAACUUCUUAAAAGCUUUUCGAGAUCAUCGUCCAAUUUUAUGCUAUGCACAUCGACUUAAUAAUAUUUUAAAAAGAACAUUUUUUCAGCACAAUAAAUAUUCGUCCAUUACACUGUUACCACUUGUUUAUAAUGGUUCUUCAUGCAGCGAAAUAGAAGAUGAAGAUGAUGGUAAUAGUUUCAAUAAUCUUUCAAAACCAAUUCAAAUUAAAAAAAAGAUAUUAUCAUUAUCUGUCAGAGGUAUUGAAGAAACAGCGAUGACAAUUAAAGUUGAUGAUAUACCUCCAGCUGCUCAAGAGGUAAUAAGAACAAUUAUCGAAUGCAAAGCCUUGGCAAAAUAUAUUAAAAAAACCGGAUUAAAUAAAGAGGUUCAAGCAGCUGGUGGAAAUGCAAUUCGACAAGCUACAAAUAUUCGUUGGCUUUCUCUGAUCGAUUUAUUAGACAGUAUUCGUACAUCAUACAUGGAAAUAAAACUUAUAUUAAGCCGUCGAAAAAACCAGUCACGAUUAACAAUUAUUAGUCAAAUAUUGUUGGAAGAUAUUACACGAUUCUUAACACCAUUCAAGUCAGUAUUGAAACUAAUACAAGCAGGAUCAAAACCAACAUUAUACUUAGUAUUACCUUGCACUUUAACUAUUCGCAAGGUAUUAAAUUCGUUUGAUGAAUUAUUGGACCACGUAAAGAAAUAUGCAUUAGAUGAAAAAACAAACAAUAAAUUACAUAAUAAUGUAGAUGAUGAUAAUUGUUUUAACUGCGAAGAAGAUAAAGGUAAUUAA